UCUAAUAAAACUGAUUAUUGUGAUGUUGUUGUCAGCACCUAUUCACUGCAGAGGGUCCAUUGGUGAGUAAAUUAUAUCGAAAUUGGUUCAGAUGAAGAGCCAAACUCAUCUACAUCUUGGAUGGCCCGAGGUGGGUGAAGUUUAAGCAAAUUUUCAUUUUUCUGUGAACUGUUUCUUUAAUGCAGCAGUGUGUGGAACUUUGACCUAUAUAAAAAUAAAUACAGUCACUGUAAAUGGAGAAAACAUCCUAAAUGUGUUUUUAAGUAGUUAAUGUUUUUUCUUUUACUUUCAUUUGUGUGGCUGUUAGCUUCUCUCAGGCUCAUAAAUGGACACGACUCUUGUUCUGGAAGAGUGGAGGUUCUUUAUAAUGGAACAUGGGGAACAGUGUGUGAUAAUGGCUGGGAUCUAACAGAUGCUGCAGCAGUGUGUAGAGAGAUGGGCUGUGGGGAUGUGAUUGAGGCGAAGAGCGCUGCUCAUUUCGGUCCGGGAUCAGGGCCUGUCUGGAUAAGUGAUUUGCAAUGUUCUGACACUGACUCAAGACUAAGAGAUUGUAAAUCAAGUGGAUGGGGAAGAGGCAGCUGUGGACAUGAAAAAGAUGCAGGAGUCAUCUGUAAAGCAAUAGAUAACGUUAGGCUGGUCAGCAGCACCAACCCCUGUUAUGGACGAGUAGAGGUUCUUCAUGUCGGUCAGUGGGGAACAGUGUGUGAUGAUGGAUGGGAUGCAUCAGAUGCUGCAGUGGUGUGUAAACAACUGGGCUGUGGGACAGUUUUGGAAGUAAAGAGUGCUGCCUAUUUUGGAAUGGGUUCAGGAAUUGUUUGGAUGAAUAAUGUGAACUGUUCUGGGAAUGAGCCUACUUUGAUGAACUGUUCAUAUAAUGCAACUCCAAACAGUUGUGGCCACGAGAAAGAUGCCGGAAUCAUUUGUGGAUCUGUUAAAGUCAUGUUGAGGGUUGAAGUGAAGGCUAAGAAUGGAGUUGACCCAAAUGCUGCUGGAAUCAUAAAUAAACUUUCAGAGGAGAUUGGGAAGAAGCUACAAAUCAACGGGACUUUCUCACUGAAAACUUGGACCGAUGGAAAAAUCUUCCAUAAGAGAAUAGGAGCUGCACCCUGACAAAUUGGUCAUUUCUGGAAUACAGAGAAGAAAAUAAGCAAACACUAUGUAAAAGGAAAUAAAUUCUACAUCCAUUUUUCAGUCUGACCUUUUAUAAAUGAAAUUAAUAUUUAUCUUACACAUUUUUCCACAUAUGACAAUGCUUCAUAUAAUAUCCUUGUAAUUUUUUCCCCUAAUGACAAUGUAGGCAUUGUUUUGAUACUAAUAAAGUAACUUUGUGUGUCAUCCUAACUGUAAUAUAUAUGUA